CAAUCAGUCUAAUUUUAAACGGCGUCGGAGCCACGGACCUCUCUCUUUGCCUACACCUCGAGAAAGACCGUACAAAGUGCUACAAAAAAAAUCAUCUAUCAUCCCUUCAAAAAAAAAAAGACCAAGGGAUUUUCGCGUAAAAAACAAAGAGACUGUCCGUUCUUGAAAUCCAGUGAGUUUUUUGUUUCAUCAAAUAUGUGGAUUUACUGGUCCUUCGAUCGUGAGUCUCGCACGGAUCGGAUUUUCCUUUAGGGAAACCUCUGACAAGGUGACAAAAAUGAAGAAGGCGAUAAGGAGGUACCGUUACAAGUUCGACAAGAGGGUAACGGAGCCCCAGAGGUCUGCAAUGUCCUAGAGACGGGUGGUGGACGGGUGAAGGGCGGAAGGAUUCGGCGGCGAUGGAGCGGCAGCGGUCCCUGCGGAGGCGGCGGCGCGCCGAGCGGCCCCUCGCGCAGAAGAUCAAGGACUGCAUCCGCAACUUCAUCGCAUUCAUGUUCAGCAAUGUCGGAAUCAUUGGACUUGUGGUUGGUUAUGCUAUAGCUGGUGCCUUUAUAUUCAUGGAGAUCGAGGGUAGCGCUGAGAAACCGCACACCACGAACAUAGCGAAAAACCGUGAACAGACGGCCGCGAGUUUCUGGAAUCUGACGUACACCACGAACGUGCUAGACAAGGAGACGUGGAUGAGGAACGUGUCGCAAAUCCUUCUGGAUUACCAGAGUUUCGCAGUGGAUGCUAUAAGGGAUGGAUACGACGGAACGGACGACACGGAUUAUUCCAAGCAGUGGAGCUUUUCCGGUGCAUUCCUCUAUUCCCUCACGGUUAUCACCACCAUCGGUUAUGGGAAUAUAGUUCCGAGGACGGCGUGGGGUAAAGUGGCUACGAUAGUAUACGCGAUCAUCGGGAUGCCGCUCUUCCUCUUGUACCUGUCCAAUAUAGGUGACAUAAUGGCGAGAUCCUUCAAAUGGAUCUACGCAACUUGUUACCUGUGCAAGGGAUGUCCGGGCGUGAGCAGAAGGAGAGCUGAGCGACGAAGGCGGCGCGCCGAAGAGAUCGAGAUGGAGUACGGCCUUGGAGGUGUCCCGGAUUGGCAGCUUUCCGAUGAGCAUCCGGUUUCCGAUGGUAGCGAUGAUGAUGCGGUCACGGAUAUUUCGGAGGAGUCCUUCGAUGCUCAGACCAUCACAGUUCCGGUUACCAUAUGUUUGACGAUGAUGGUCGGGUACAUCGUUGGUGGUGCGAUGCUCUUUGCCAAAUAUGAAAGCUGGGAUUUGCUGAACGGCUCCUACUUCUGUUUCAUUUCCCUCAGCACCAUCGGCUUCGGUGAUUUAGUUCCUGGCGACAAGAUUUACUCCUCCGGCGAAGGAUUCGACAUCGAGCUCAGCUUCAUAUUUUGCUCCAUGUACCUUAUGCUAGGAAUGGCCUUAAUCGCUAUGUGUUUCAAUCUCAUGCAGGAGGAAGUUAUACAUAAAUUCCGAACAACGGUGAGCACGUUGAAAUACAUUUGUCGCUGCAACAGAUGACGACGGGAUCAAUCAAUCAAUCGAUGAAGAUUACUAAAUAAAAGUUACGCAAUUUGAAUGAUGAAAGAGUAGAAAAAAAA